GACGCAGCACUCAUCUACAACUACCACCGGAUGCACAUGGCCAUCCCGGUCACCCUCCCCGCACCGAUCGCCAUCUUCACACUAUGCAGCCUCGACGUGCGCGUCGCAGCACGCGCAGCCUCACUCUUCCUCUCGUUCCCCGACCCAGCGACACACCCGCUCACCAGCCCACAGACCCUAAUCUUCUCGGGCGGCGUGGGCGCGCUGACGGCGGGGCGGUUCGGGGCGGCGGCCGAGGCGUCCGCGUUCGCGGCUGUCGCGCGCGCCAUGGGCGUGCCGCCGGAGCGCAUCGUCGAGGAGCCGCGCUCGACGAACACGGGCGAGAACGUGCGGUUCACGCACGCGCUGCUGAAGGAGCGGGCUCUUCUUACUGCUGCCGAGGGUGAGGGUGGUGGUGGUGGUGGUGGUGGUGGUGGUGGUCCCCUGGCCAUGCCGAGGGGGUUCAUUCUCGUGCAGAAGCCGUACAUGGAGCGACGCACGUACGCGACGUUUGUCAAGCAGUGGCCUGAGAAUGGCGACGAGGGGGAGACCGUGUUCUGCGUCACCAGCCCCGAGCUCGAGUGGAACGAGUAUCCCGACGCCGAGAACCCGCGCGACCUGGUUAUUAAUAUUAUGGUCGGCGACCUCGUGCGCGUGCGCGACUACCCGGCCCGCGGCUUUCAGAUACCACAACACAUACCGCCCGACGUGUGGGCAGCGGCUGAGAGGUUGAUGGCGGCAGGCUACACGGCCCACCUGCCCUAA